UGUUUGUGUUGUGAUGUGUCUACAAAACAAACAAGAGAGCUAUCUUUAAUUUAUUCUAUAAAGACAACUCUAUAAUAUAGACUAUGUUGAUCGCUACGCGAGGAAUUAAGAUGAUAUUUUCAACCAUCGCUGCUUUGUAAAUAGCAAGAAAAUUCAAAAUGUGUUCCAAAGGGGCUCAAAUUGCAGAGCUGUUUGCUAAAACCAUCGCUACAACAAAGUCUUUUGAUCAUAACCUCAAAAAGGUUAAGGUGGUAUUCUGUGAUAAAGGAAGAAUGGUGACAGAGUUCCAAGUGGGUCCUGAACACCUGAACCAACGAGGGACACUGCACGGGGGAUUUAUAGCUCACUUAGUAGAUGCUGUAUCUACAUAUGCUCUUACAACUAAUGAUACUGUGGACACCAGAGGAGUUUCUAUUGAUCUCAGUAUUAGUUACAUGAAUGCAGCCAAAGAAGGCGAUAAUAUAGAAGUUGAAGCUGUUACCAGAAAACUCGGCAAAAAAAUAGCAUUUCUCGAAGUGGAAGUGAGAAAUAAAGACAAAAAUAUAACACUUGCUACUGGCAGGCAUACUAAGUAUGUUGGUGUCUAAAAUAGAGAAUUAUUUACAUAUUAUUAUGAGCAAGAAUAAAAAAAUAUACAUUAUAUAGAUAGUUAGUGAAGUAUUUAGUAAAAUUAUUUAUUUGUUAAUAUUUUUUUAUAGUUGUUGUAGUUUUAUAGUUGUGGCCAUAAAGUUGUUGUUUAAUGUUGUGUUAGCAAUAUUAAGUUAUCAAUAAAAGCAUAAUUUGGACUAAA